UUAACGCAUUCGCUGUGCAUAAAAGUAUCGCAAUUAAAAAAUUAUAUAUAAAAUGUUAAGAACUUACAGAAGUCUGUUUGAUAUAUGCAGGCGGACACUUGCAACUAAAGUUACACCACAUCAAGAGGCGCUUAUGGCACGCGGUUUACCAAAACGAGCUCCUUUGCCAAAUGUGGAAGACAUCGUUGUAGUGGCUUCCGGCAAGGGAGGUGUUGGAAAAUCUACUGUAGCAGUAAAUUUAGCUGUCAGCUUAGCCAGUUUGGGAAAGCGUGUUGGUUUGCUUGAUGCAGACAUAUUUGGUCCAUCGGUACCACUUAUGAUGAAUAUAAGCGAAGAGCCUACAGUUAAUGAACAAAAUUUAAUGGUACCGCCUGUUAAUUAUGGAGUAAAAUGUCUAUCAAUGGGUUUAUUAGCUCAACAAGGUGGUGCUAUCAUUUGGCGUGGUCCUCUUGUAGUGUCAGCAUUACAACGUUUAUUAAAAGGUGCUGUUUGGGGACCGCUCGACAUACUAAUUGUUGACACACCACCUGGUACAGGUGAUAUACAUUUGUCAUUGACACAAAAUGUACCUAUUACGGGUGUGCUACUUGUGAGCACACCACAAAAAGCUGCACUAGAAGUUACAUUACGUGGUGCUGAUAUGUAUCGUACAUUGCGUGCACCUAUUUUAGGUCUUGUCGAAAAUAUGGGUUAUGCCAUAUGUGGCAAGUGUCAAAAUCGUAUGCAAAUAUUUAACAGUUCAAUGGAAAGCUUUUUAUCAAAAUUACAAACGCGUGUAUUGGUUUCGAUACCUUUAGAUGGAAAUAUAAUGGAAGCUAGUGAUGCUGGUGUUCCAUUAGUACUUAAAGAACCCAAUUCUGAAUACGCAAAGCAGUUUCGUAGUUUGGCAGAAAGCAUUGUGUCGCAGCUACAAAAGAAUGCAUCUAAUGUGCAAAAGUGAUUUAUAUAUAUAAUUUUAAAUAGAUCCUUUUUAUUCUUAAUUCAAAAUAUAUUUA